AUGGAAUCGGUUUCUCAGCGUUGGAUGGACUCCUAUAUUGAGAAAUCUUCCGAACUUAUCAAAGAUACAAAUCCUUUACCAAAUGAAACAGAUAAAGGCGUAGAAAUAAACCACGCCUUUUGUGAUUCCAUGGUGAAAUGGGUAUGGGAAGAAGUUAUUCCGUUUCGGUAUAGCCAUAAAUUUAGAAAUGCCUUAGCUGCACACCGGCGGCGACAUAUGGCAGUCUCCACAGGGAAUCCAGAGGUUGAUCAAAAGUAUAUUAUUUGGUCACUUAGUGGUGGAUUGGGAAACCGCGUCCAGGCCCUUACCAGUGUGCUGAUGUCUGCUUUACUGUCAGAGCGUGUUCUACUAUUGAAAGACUGGUUUACCCCUUUGAGAUCAUCCAAGUCUCCACCAGUCAGGCCAAUAUUGCUUCCUUUUGCAAAAAAUGUCAAUGAAACAGAAGUUUUUCGCUAUGAGGAUUUAAGAGAACUUUUUUGGUUCUCAAACGGAGAGAGUACUCCCCGCGCGCCUAAUGAAUUCAUGUUUUGCAGUUUGUUCCCCAUGAUGUCUUUGUCGGAGUUUGAAAGGAUUUAUCCUGACGAAUUUAGGAAUCAUAAUUAUUCCCAUGACAUAGUUCCUUUUAAAAAUGGUCACGCAAAAAUAGAUAUAAGAGCUGGUCAUGACAAAAAUCUGAAACUAUGGAAGCAUUUCGCGUGUGGAGAUCCUUUAAUAGGACGUGGGAUCGAUUUUUUUUCAAGGCAAAGAUUUGUUUACGUCUGGACAAACCAGUAUUUUCUUCCAAUUUUUUAUGUGAACAAACGAACGAGCAGCGUUGUAAAAUCGUGGAUUAAGAAGGACCCCUUUAGGUCAAUGCUCCCUUUAGUUUUCCUUCCAGCUCGACCAGUAAUGUACCGUGUAUUGCGACGCAUGAGGUCUAGCCCCCGCAUUCAAAAUCGAAAAUACGUUGGAUUGCAUAUUCGCUCGUUUAAACAACAGGAUGAAUCUCGUCUUAUUGCCUCUUUCUCCAUUUGUGUGAGGCAGUUCUUGGACAAAGUCACUUUUCCGAAUAUGUUCUUUUUGGCUACCAUGUCCCAAGAGGCAAAGAAUCAUUUUAGCAUUUUACAGUCCACAAGUAAGUCCCGGUUCGUUGUACAAGAAACCAAAGGAAAAAACGAGAAGCAAAGUACUGGGCAGGGAGUUGUUCAGGAAUGGGAAGCUGUGACUGAUGUGGUGUUAUUGUCACUAUCCAGGCAUAUUUUUCUCUCUCCAACUUCCACAUUUGGUUUUCUUGCUGCUGCCGCGGGAGAGAUCGAGGCCAUCACUGUUGUUAGUGAUAGAUAUGUUUCGGGUGGUUUGGGUGAUAGAACUUGUAUGAUGUUGAAUGGGAAUGUGGUCACAGAGCCGUGUUUUACAUCAUGGUUUAGACUAGAUUCGAUUGGCAGUCGCCGCCAUCACAUCGGGUGUGAGAUGGAUUUUUUACCCUCUUGGUCAUUAGAAUGUGGAACGAGGAAGUGA